AUGUCUUGCUUACACAAACGUCCGAAAAGGACAAAGUCAGAGGAGCAGGUUUUCCAGGAGCAGGUGAAAAAAGUUGCAAAGGAGAACGGAAAACUUCUAGGUUUGGAGGGCGAUGCAGACCUGCAGUUCCUGCUUGUCGGUGGGGAGUUGGUCAAGGUUCGCUCAGGCUCCUGGCAGAAGAACCGCUACUUCAAACUGCAAGAAGACUGCAAGACCUUGUGGCAGGAGUCCCGCAAAGCAUUCAAGAAAAAUCAGACUUUCUCCAUUGAUGACAUUGAUUCAGUGCGCAAGGGCCGUCAGUCUGAGGGGUUUCAGAAACACACAGACCCCAGUGAUGAAGAGCGGUGCUUCUCCAUCAUCUUUAAGAACCACAGAAAGAUUCUUGACCUGAUGGCAUCUAAUGCAGAGGAAGCAAAACAAUGGAUCAGUGGCUUGGAGAAGAUCAUCACCAACAUGCAAAACCUCAGCAUCCAGCAGAAGAGUGAGCACUGGAUCAUCAACUGCAUGCGAAAAGCAGACAAGAACGAGGACAACAAGAUGACCCUGAAGGAGCUGAAACACUUCCUGCGACAGAUCAACAUUGAGGUGGACGACACCUACGCAGAAGACAUUUUCAAGAAAUGUGACACAUCCAAAUCAGGCACCUUGGAGGGCUCGGAAAUCAAGCAUUACUAUGAACUGCUGACCCACCGGGAGGAGAUAGAUGUGAUCUAUGAGAAGUACGCUCAAACAGAGGGUCAGAUGAGCAACAGAGAAUUGCUUAACUUCCUCCUGAAUGAGCAGGUAGAGCAGGUGACCAUGGAGUAUGCUCACAGGCUGAUCGAAAAACACGAGCUGGAUGAAACAGCGAAGCAAAAGAAGCGCAUGACCAAAGACGGCUUCCUGAUGUACCUCCAACACGAGGAGGGAUCCAUCUUGAACCCGGCCCACAAGAACAUGUACCAAGACAUGACCCAGCCUCUCAACCAUUACUACAUCUCCUCCUCGCACAACACGUACCUGAUGGAAGACCAGCUCAAAGGACCCAGCAGUACGGAGGCCUACAUACGAGCGCUGAUGAAAAGUUGUCGUUGUGUGGAGCUGGACUGUUGGGAUGGGGCCAAUGGAGAGCCUGUCAUUUACCACGGCUACACACUCACAUCUAAAGUGCUCUUCAGAGACGUCAUCAAAGCCAUUAAAGACUACGCCUUUAAAACGACUGACUACCCAUUGAUCCUGUCCCUGGAGAACCACUGCAGCGUGGACCAACAGAAGCUCAUGGCCCAUCACUUGAUCUCUAUUCUGGGUGAUGCUUUGGUUACAAAGCCUCUCGGGGACACUAUGCCCACUAACCUUCCCUCACCUGAGGAGUUAAAGGGCAAGAUCCUCAUCAAGGGAAAACGCUCAAACAAACUGGAUGCAGUCUUCAAUAAUAACAGCAGUGUAGAGGAAGAGACUGUGUCUGAGGAGGAUGAGGCUGCAGAUUGUAAAGAGAAUGGACAAAAAUCUAAAAAGAGUUCGAAGAUCAAACUUGCCAAAGUGCUUUCAGACAUUGUUAUCUACUGCAAGAGUGUCCACUUUGAUGGUUUUGAACACGCAAAAGACAAACAGGGUUUCUAUGAGAUGUCCUCCUUCAAGGAGGGUAAAGCAUUCAACCUAGCUGAAAGCUCAGGCACUGCUUUCAUCCAUCACAACAUGGACAAGCUCAGUCGGAUCUACCCCGCCGGCUCCAGAACUGACUCCUCCAACUACAACCCUGUGCCCAUGUGGAACGUUGGUUGUCAGAUUGUGGCGCUCAACUUCCAGACACCCUCCAAGGAGAUGCAACUAAACCAGGGACGGUUUCUACCAAACGGAUUAUGUGGCUACAUCCUGAAACCUGAAUUCCAAAGAAGCCUGUCCUCUCAGUUCGAUCCCAACAAACUUACCAAAGGGCCGUGGCUAAUGAAGAAGAUCUUUCAUGUCAUGGUGAUCUCAGCUCAACAGUUACCGAAACUCAACAAGGACAAACCGAAAUCUAUUGUGGACCCCCUGGUGAGAGUGGAGAUCCACGGCGUGCCAGCAGACAGCGCCAGUGAGGAGACACACUACAUUGAUAACAAUGGGUUCAACCCCAUGUGGAAUGAGAACUUCCAGUUUGACAUCAACGUCCCUGAGCUGGCCUUGGUGCGAUUUGUGGUGGAGGACUACGACACAACAUCGGGGAAUGAUCUCAUCGGGCAAUACUGUUUACCGCUCACCAGUGUACAGAACGGGUAUCGACACGUCCCACUGCUCACCAAGAGAGGUGAUGUCAUCUCCUCUGCUGGCCUGUUUGUGCAUCUCAUGCUCCUCGAUGCCCAGUAGGCUUGCUGGGUAUGGAAAACCGUCACACCAGCAGCAGCAUUUUCUUUAAAAAACUGUAAAGGAAUUUGUCCUGUUUUAAAGCUCAAUAAUAUAACUCUGAUCAAACACUUCAGAAACCUCUACACAGAGAAAACUGUUUUGUCAGCCGACCAGCCAUAACUGCUGAAUCACAGUUGUCUGUAACACUUCCUGUCAUUUAAGCUUUUUGAGAAAUGGGCGUUUUGCUCAGAACAGUUCAGUAAGGGCUCUUGUAGAGUAACAAAACCCGAAUGAAUGAAAAUGUGAAUGAAAGUGAGGUGAAUGAGCAGUCUAGGAAAAUAUUUAAAGACAGGCAUUAUAUACUGUAUUUGUUGUAUUUGGGAGAAUAUUGGAGAAGUGUAAAUCUCAGCGUAAGAUAUAUUGGCUGUGUUAUUUCUGAAAGGUUUGUAGGUUUCCUGAGGCAUUAGUCACACAAAUCAUACUCAUGGAAACAUUGUUUUUGUCAAGCAACACAACAAGCACUCUUUUUUAGUGUUAUAUCUUUUUUUUAUCAAACUCUUGUGACUAGAAGAAAUCUUGAUUUAGGUUUAUGAAAAUUGUCUCAUACUAUAUGUUUAUCACUGGAGUCUGUAGCAAUAGUAUGAACAGUAUAUGUUUGGCCCAUUGAAAGAGAGAGAGCCACAUGUAUGUAUGUGUCUGUGUGCAUGCGUCCAUCCAUUAUAAAUACUGUCCAUCAGAGAAUGUUUGUCAAUGUGAUUUUCAUUUUUUCUGACUUAAAAUGUUUAACUUCCUUUUUUGACUAUUGAUAUGACAAACAUAUCAAGCAAUACACUGUACAUGAAUGUGCUCUAAAUAUAUUGAACCAAACUAACAUUGUCAAACAUUUAAUUUCAAACAAACCCUAAUAUUUUAAAUCACACUUUAUUAUUUUCCUCAUCAAAUUCACCACAGCAGUUUUUCUGUGACAAACUCACAACUGUCAGUGCUUUCAGUACACCA